AUGCUAUCCAAGAUUUACCGGCGGCCAAAGCCGCUUAUGAGCGGUAUAUUAAUGCGUUGGUGGUGGUGUGGGCCGGAUGUUGCGCCUCAGCUGCCACCAUGGGUGAGAAGCUGGGAGCGUAUGCAGCCCAAUAGUAUACCGCAUUAUCUUCAACCGAAGGCGGAUGGUGAUUGGAAAGAGCCCAGCUUCAGCUUCCAGGAUAACUCCAGCCGCUGUCACGCCGAACAGCCAAAUUUUGCUGUUAAGAUACCACAGAGCGAAGUCGUUAUAAUUGAACCACUUGACAGUAAAGAUGACGCUUCUGGUGGUUAA